AUGGUUCAUCUGUUGUCCAACUUGCUGGUCGGCCUCGCCCUGGCUCCGUCUGCCCUGGGCGCCACUUUGCUGGUUUCCCAUUUCAGCGGACCUGUCUACACCCUCUCCUUGACCACCAGUGGCACCACCGGCAAACUUUCCAUUACCUCGCAGGCUAGUGGCUGUGGCACAACUCCUGCGUGGCUGGAAUAUUACAAUGACACCAAGACUGCCUACUGCUUCGACGAGUCUUGGACUGGAAGUGGUGUCAUUACCCAGUACAAUGUGGGAAGCGAUGGACGCCUUACUCAGUCUGGCCAAACCCGGACCAGUGGGAACACGGUCCACGGCAAGGUGUACGGAGGGUCCGAUGGAAAGGGCUUCAUUGCCACGGCGCAGUACUCCCCAUCAACCAUCACCACGUACAAACUUCCCCUCGGACAAGGCCAGGUUCAGCUUGAGAAGUUCACCAUGUCGCAACGUGGGCCGAAUUCACGUCAGGAUGUUCCCCAUCCCCAUGAGACUCAGCUUGACCCCACCGGAAAGUUCAUGCUCGUUCCCGACCUCGGUGCCGACCUGAUCCGCAUCUUCAAGAUCGACGCAAGCACCGGCCGCUUGACCGCAUGCCCAGCUGGUCAGGCCUCGCCUGGCGACGGCCCGCGUCACGCACAGUGGUGGAAAUCCGCUGACGGCGUCCUUCGCCUGUACACCCUCAACGAGCUCGGCAAUUCGGUUUCCUCUUGGAAUGUGGUGUACCCCACUGACUCCAACGGUUGCCUCGCCCUCAGCAGAGCGCAGACCCUUUCCACCUAUGCUCCUGGCAAGAAGGGUGGUCCGACUACCAAGGCUGCCGAGAUUCGUGUUGCUGGCAAUUUUCUGUACGCUUCCAACCGCGCGGAUCAGACCUUUGGUUCCAACCAGGACUCAGUCGCCAUCUACACUAUUGAUUCUCAGACCGGUGCUAUCGCCUGGAAGGAAGCCGCCAACUCGUACUCUUACUAUCCUCGCACCUUUGACAUCAACAAGGACGGCACCUUGGUUGCAUUUGGUGGGCAGACGUCUUCCAAUGUAGCUAUUGUAUCGAGGGACCCUGCGACUGGCAAGCUUGGGAACUUGGUUGCUAACUUGCAGGUUGGUAAUAAGGGUAGGGCUGGCGAGGAGGAUGGUCUUAGUGCUAUCGUUUGGGUAGAGUAAUUUGUUUAAAUAAUUAUCCCUUAUAGGUAUUAUAGGACUAGAAGUUGUAGUACUAA